AUGUGGGGAAGAAGAUCCAUUUGUGCUGGCGUAGCAGUUCAAGUUCUCCGUCCAGUCACUGUCCGCCCUACCCCUCCUCUUCUUUCUCGCACACUACAUAAACUUUCCAUUUCGCAUUCUCCUCGGCUGCGACCUCGACUGCCUACACCUGCUGCCACAUUAGAUCUGAGUUUCCCUCCCGUUAGGCAUUGUUCCGCCGAAGUCCGCAUGAUGGCGUCUCAAGAACGAGAGACACUUCCUGACGUGGCUAAGCCUAUCAACUACCACGUCUCUCUUUUCGACUUGCAGUUCGGUGGUUCAUGGGAAUACAAGGGCGCGUUGAAGAUCGAUCUCAAGGUCACCCGUGCUACUAGCGAGAUUGUGCUGAACUCGAAGGAGAUCGAAGUACAAAAUGCUGAGAUAUUGGGGAAAGAUGGGAGCCAAUUGGCCAAAGCAUCCGGAAUCACCUACGACAAGCAAUCGGAGCGCGUUUCCCUCGCUUUCUCGCAGGAGAUUGCGCCAGCAGACGUUGUACUUUCCAUCAACUUUACGGGCACGAUGAACAACGCCAUGGCUGGCUUCUACCGCUCGAAGUAUAAGCCCAUCGGAGAGCCAUCUGCUGACACCCCCAAGGAGGAUGACUUUUACUACAUGCUAAGCACUCAAUUUGAGUCAUGCGAUGCACGAAGGGCAUUCCCUUGUUUCGAUGAGCCAAACUUGAAAUCCACAUUCGAUUUCGAGAUUGAAAUCCCCAAGGGACAAACUGCACUGAGCAACAUGCCUGUUCAGUCCGAAAGAGACGGAAGCAAGCCCGGUUUGAAAUUUGUCACAUUCGAGAAGACACCGGUGAUGAGCACCUAUCUUCUGGCCUGGGCAGUUGGUGACUUCGAAUAUGUUGAGGCUAUGACCGAGCGCAAAUACCAGGGCAAGAGCAUUCCCGUUCGAGUUUACACCACUCGGGGCCUUCAAGACCAGGCUCGUUUUGCACUAGAAUGUGCUCACCGCACGGUUGACUAUUUCUCGGAAGUCUUCGAAAUUGAAUACCCCCUCCCCAAGGCUGAUCUCCUGGCUGUUCACGAAUUUGCCAUGGGUGCCAUGGAGAACUGGGGUCUUGUGACCUAUCGAACGACCGCUGUUCUCUUCGAUGAAGGAAAGUCAGACAACCGCUACAAGAACCGCAUUGCUUAUGUUGUAGCUCACGAGCUGGCUCACCAGUGGUUUGGCAACCUUGUCACCAUGGACUGGUGGAAUGAGUUGUGGCUGAAUGAGGGAUUCGCAACCUGGGUCGGUUGGCUUGCAGUUGAUCAUUUCUAUCCUGGUGAGCUUUGUUCGCCUCUAGCCGAUGAGCGUCUGACGCAGUAUCUAAUGUGCAGGCAGAGUGGAAUGUCUGGUCUCAGUUUGUCGUACGGAAUGCCCGAGGUAAUAUCCACCCUGUUAAGACCAAUAUUGACGUUCCCCCAGGCUGAAGGUGUGCAACAAGCAUUUCACCUCGACUCGCUCCGCGCUUCCCACCCUAUCGAAGUUCCCGUUCGGAACGCCCUCGAAGUCGACCAAAUUUUUGACCAUAUUAGCUACCUGAAGGGAAGCUCUGUCAUUCGCAUGCUGAGUGUUCACCUCGGCAGGGAGACCUUUUUGCGUGGAGUUGCGGACUAUCUUAAAUCCCAUGCAUAUGGAAAUGCAACCACAAAUGACCUGUGGUCCGCGUUGAGCAAAGCUUCCGGUCAGGAUGUGCAUUCUUUCAUGGAUCCCUGGAUUCGCAAGAUCGGUUUCCCGGUUGUCACCGUGACAGAGGAGCCUGAUCAGAUUACCGUUAGCCAAAAUCGAUUCUUGUCUACCGGUGACGUGAAGCCAGAGGAGAAUGAGACAAAAUGGUGGAUUCCUCUCGGCAUCAAAUCCGGCCCGGAACUGGCUACCGUCGACACCCGUGCUCUGACCUCAAAAUCCGACACCGUUGGAGGAAUCGGGGAGGACUCUUUCUACAAGAUCAACAAGGACCUGUCUGGGUUCUACCGAACCAACUACCCUCCUCUGCAUCUGGCAAAGCUGGGCCAGUCGCUUGAUCUCCUGAGCACCGAGGACAAGAUCGGUUUGCUGGGUGAUGCAGCUGCGCUUGCAGUCUCAGGCGAGGGCACUACGCCCGCCUUGUUGACUCUUCUGGAAGGAUUCAAGGACGAACAAAAUUAUCUUGUUUGGUCCCAAGUAUCUGCGUCCCUGGCGAACCUUCGGUCGGUUUUCUCACAAAACGAAAAAGUGGCCGAGGGGUUGAAACAGUUUACCCUUAAACUAGCUUCCCCAGCCGCAGAACGGAUUGGCUGGGAGUUCAAGCCCGAUGAGGACUACCUCAUUGUGCAGCUUCGGAAGCUGCUCAUUGCAAUGGCCUGUAAUGCGGGCCAUGAAGGAUUUGUCUCGGAGGCCAAGCGCCGCUUUGACCUCUGGGCGACCGGAAAAGAUACCAAUGCCAUUCAUACUAAUCUGCGGUCAGUGAUUUUCAGCGUCAAUGUGUCUGAGGGCGGCCGUAAGGAAUACGAUGCUGUCAAGGAAGAAUAUAUCCGAACCGACUCUGUGGAUGGUAAAGAGAUCUGCCUGUCUGCCCUUGGACGCACAAAGGAUGCUGUUCUGGUGAAAGACUACUUGAAUUUCGUGUUUUCAGACAAGGUGGCUAUCCAGGACAUCCACAGUGGUGCCGUAUCUCUGGCCGCCAACUCAAAAGUCCGGCAUUUGCUAUGGCAAUACAUCAAGGAGAACUGGACUGCUGUCGAAACACGACUAUCAUUCAACAAUGUUGUGUUUGAGCGCUUUGUCCGUAUGGGUCUAUCAAAGUUCGCCGAUCACCAGAUCAGUGACGACAUUGCGUCUUUCUUCAAGGACAAGGAAACAGGGGCCUAUGACCGUGCACUCGUGAUUGUCUCGGACAACAUUCGAACCAAUGCGUCCUAUAAGGAGCGUGAGGAGGCGUCGGUUCUCGAAUGGCUGCAGGCACACGGUUACGCAUAA